AUGUCUGUUGAAAAUAAUUUAAAAAAACAAAAAGUUUGCAUUAUAACAGGAUCUAGUGCUGGUAUUGGUAAAACAAUAGCAUCUAUUAUGGCAAAAGCACAUUAUUUUGUAAUUUUAGCAAAUAGAGAUUUGAACAAAGCAGGGCUUGUUUUAAAUGAUUUAAAAAAUAUUUCAGAUUCAGUCUUAUCAUUAGAACUGGAUUUAAGUUCAUUCGAUAGUAUCAAAAAAUUUGUAAAUGAAUUUAAAAAUUUAAAUGUAACAUUAGAUUGUUUAAUAAAUAAUGCAGGUAUCUAUUGUCCUCCAUAUAGCUUAACAAAGGAUGGAUUCGAAUCUCAAUUUGGUGUUAAUCAUCUUGGUGUAUUUUUAUUGACCAAUCUUUUAUUAGAUUCAAUUGACAAAGAAACUGGAAGAAUUGUAAAUUUAUCAUCACACUCUUACAAAAAAGCAAAUUUAAAUUUAAACAAAUUAAAUGAAUCCAAGGAAAACUAUAAACCAAUGGUUAGUUAUGGUAAUUCAAAAUUAUGUACACUUUUAUUUACUUAUGAAUUAAAUAGAAUUUUAAAAGCAAGAAAUUCAAAUAUCGUUGUUUUAGCAUUACAUCCAGGUGUUAUUCCAGACACCACUUUAUUUAGACAUUUACCAGGAUAUGCUCAUUUCGCAUUAUCUAUUGCAAAGCCAUUUUUAACAGAUGUUAAUACUGCAUCCAUAGCUGUGUCACGUUUAGCCAUUGGAUCUGACCCAGAUCUUCACGAUAUUAAGGGUGGUCAAUAUUUCAAUAUAUUGAAAUUGGAAACCACCUCACAAUUCUCCACAAAUAUUAAUAAUAUGCGUAAAUUGUGGGUUGAAAGUUGCAAAUUUUGUCAAAUUAAUGACAUUGGGGUUAAUUAAAAAAAUUCAAAUAAAAAGAUAAAAUUGGAGAUAAACACUAUUUCCUUU